AUGGGCCUCCUCCAACGAUGCUCCAAGGUGACCUUUACCAAACCGCGCUUCCAACUGCGUCUCUCGCAAGAAACAGCACUCGACAACCACGACUUGAAGCCCGUACCUCCAUCCAAACGGACAUGGCGCACCAUCGACUGGAUCUCGUACUGGGUCUCUGACCAGUUCGCACCCGCCACCUGGCAGCUGGGAGCAUCGAUGGCAGCCACAGGAGUCACUGCACGCGCCGCCAUCCCCGUCGUCUUCUUCGGCUUCCUCUGUGUCGGCUUCGUCAUGUGGGCAGCCGGUGUCAUCGGAGCCACCUAUCACGUCGCGUUUCCCGUCAUCAACCGCGCACCUUGGGGCAUCUAUGGCUCACUGUUCCCCGUCGCCGCACGCGCAUUCCUGGCGCUCAUGUGGCUCAGUAUUCUCACAGUCACCGGCGGCAACCUGACCGAGCAGCUGCUCAUCUCGCUCUCGCCCCGGUUCGCCAACAUGCCCAACCACUUGCCCGAGUCGGCCAACAUCACAUCGCGCGGGUUGCUGUGCUUUUUCGUUUACUGGAUCAUUCAGACGCCGAUAACCAUGAUCCCCGUGGCACGGCUGAGGUACUUCUUCCGGGCCAAGGCGGUGAUCUGCCCACCCGCGUUCCUGGCGAUUGGCAUAUGGGCGCUGGCGAAGACGCACGGAGGUGGGGCGUUGGUGCGCGGUCCAGUGACGGCGGGGGCGUGGCCGAUCCUGGCUGCUCUCAAUGCAGCUACGACCAUCUACUGUACGCUGGCGGUCAACAUUGCCGACUUUACGCGCUUCUCCAAGUCGGCCAAGAGCACGUGGCAGCAGGUGCUGCUGCUGCCUAUCACGGGGACCAUUCCGUGUGCAUGUGGCUUCUUUGCCGCCGAUGCUGCACUGGCUCUGUACGGCGAGGCGGCUUGGGACCCGGCCAAGCUGAUCGCCUUGUGGGGGAACCGGCCAGCGACAUUCUUCGGUGCGCUCGUGUUCCUCAUCGCUACGAUCGGGGUCAACAUCUCGGCCAACGCCAUCUCGUUCGCUACGGACGCCACGUCGGUCUUACCGGCGUACAUCGACAUCCGUCGUGGCUGCGCAAUCGCGGCCGUGCUAGCCGUGGCGAUCACGCCGUGGAACCUGGUCAACUCGGCACAGGGGUUCCUCAACUUCCUCGGCGCGUACGGCUGCUGGCUGGGCCCCAUUUCCGGCAUCUGCCUCGUCGACUACUACAUCCUCCGCAGACAGAAGCUUGACAUCCGACAGCUGUACGUCCAGCCCAGUGGCAUCUACAGCUACAUGCACGGCAUCAACCCGCGCGCCUACAUUGCCUUCACCAUCGCCUUCGUUCCCAACCUGCCUGGGUUCAUCAACGCCAUCAACCCCAACGUCAAGGUCAACGUGCCGAUCUACCACUUUAAUUGGUACUUUGGCAUCGUCGUCGGCGCGCUCGUGUACGGCGUGCUCUGCAAGUAUCUCUGGCCGCUGCCCGCAGAGUCGUUGAUCGACGAGGCCGUGUAUCCGGACGAGGCGUACUUUUGGCAGGAGGACGAAAGCGCCUCGACGAGCAGUAUCGAGAAGCAUGUCGAUCCGGAGAAGAGGGCGCGCAGGGGCGGUGAGGCGAUGCGGACAGCCGCUACCGAGACUGGGUCGCUCGACGGCAUGGAGAUCGAUGUCGUCCUCAACAAGACGGAUCACAAGUAG